CCGGGAAGGCCCUCCAUCUUCACUUCCCAACACUAUAUACUCGGUAGUAUAUAUAUAUAUAUACAGACACAUACACACACACUAUACUAUAUAGUCUUGAGAUUAUUGUUGAAUAGUAAUGGCACUGAAGAGAUUGUGGGAAUCAAUGGAUGAGUUCUUGAAGCAGUGUGAGCAGUCUGGUGACUCUGCGUACGGUGCGUUCAGAUCACUGCUUGAGAGGCUCGAAGAUCCGAGCACCCGAGUCGAAGCUCGGGUCUUCUUGUCGGAUCUUCAGAAACGCUUCGAUACUAAGGAAGCCGGUGAACAAUGCCUUUCGACCUUCCAUUUCCAAAUUCAAGACAUCUAUAUCGAGCAAUAUGAAGGAUACCGGAGGAGGAAGAAAUUGACAAUGAUGGUGAUCCCUAGCAUCUUUAUCCCAGAGGAUUGGUCCUUCACUUUCUAUGAGGGACUUAAUAGACAUCCCGACUCUAUCUUCAAGGACAAGACAGUAGCUGAGCUUGGUUGUGGAAAUGGGUGGAUCUCCAUCGCCAUUGCUGAGAAGUGGUUACCUUUGAAGGUGUAUGGCCUUGACAUCAAUCCGAGAGCCAUAAAAGUUUCUUGGAUAAACCUGUAUCUAAAUGCUCUGGAUGAAAAGGGUCAACCCAUCUAUGACGGGGAGAAGAAAACUUUACUGGACAGGGUGGAAUUUCAUGAAUCUGAUCUGCUAGCUUACUGUAGAGAUCAACACAUUGAACUUGAACGAAUUGUUGGGUGCAUACCUCAGAUUCUUAACCCAAAUCCAGAUGCAAUGUCCAAGAUGAUUACAGAAAAUGCAAGCGAGGAGUUUCUACAUUCAUUGAGUAACUAUUGUGCACUUCAGGGCUUUGUUGAGGAUCAGUUUGGCUUAGGUCUAAUUGCUAAGGCCGUUGAACAAGGAAUUAAUGUAAUCCAACCUAUGGGGAUUAUGAUCUUUAAUAUGGGAGGCCGUCCAGGACAAGGUGUUUGUAAACGCUUGUUUGAACGCCGUGGUCUCUGUGUUAACAAGAUUUGGCAGACUAAAAUUCUCCAGGCUGGGGACACAGAUAUUUCAGCUUUGGUCGAAAUUGAGAAGAAUAGUCGACACCGUUUUGAGUUCUUCAUGGGGCUUGUGGGAGAUCAGCCAAUUUGUGCUCGAACAGCAUGGGCUUAUGGAAAGGCUGGUGGUCGUAUUUCUCAUGCUUUAUCAGUUUACAGUUGUCAGCUUCGUCAACCUAACCAGGUUAAGAUGAUUUUUGAGUUUCUCAAAAAUGGAUAUCAGGAGAUCAGCAAUUCUUUAGAUUUAUCUUUUGAGGAUGAUUCUGUUGCCGAUGAGAAGAUUCCAUUCCUGGCUUAUCUUGCUAGUGUUUUGAAAGAGAAUUCAGUUUUCCCAUAUGAACCACCAGCUGGAAGCAAACGAUUUCGUAAUCUCAUUGCAGGUUUUAUGAAAACUUACCACCAUAUUCCGCUUAACGCCGAUAAUGUUGUUGUUUUUCCUUCGAGGGCUGUGGCAAUCGAGAAUGCUCUUCGAUUAUUCUCACCACGUCUUGCCAUUGUUGAUGAAAACCUGACUCGACACCUACCGAGGCAAUGGUUAACAUCACUGACAAUUGAGAAUACAGAAAUAGAUAAUCUUUCAGAGGAUGAACUCACUGUUAUUGAAGCCCCACAUCAGUCAGAUUUGAUGAUAGAGCUGAUAAAAAAGUUGAAGCCGCAGGUGGUAAUUACUGGGAUGGCUCAUUUUGAUGCUGUUACUAGUUCCGCUUUUGAGCACCUUUUAGUUACUACAAGAAAAACUGGGUGUCGUCUUUUCUUAGAUAUAUCAGACCACUUCGAACUAUCUAGCCUCCCUGGUUCCAAUGGGGUCCUGAAAUAUAUUGCAGGAACUCCUCUGCCUUCACAUGCGGCAAUUAUAUGUGGAUUAGUGAAAAAUCAGGUUUAUUCAGAUCUGGAAGUGGCUUUUGUGUUAUCAGAAGAGGAGAGUAUCUUUAAAGCAUUAUCCAAGACUGUCGAGCUAUUAGAAGGAAAUACUGCACUGAUUAGUCAAUACUAUUAUGGUUGUCUCUUCCAUGAACUUCUAGCUUUUCAGCUUGCUGAUCGGCAUCCACCUGCAGAGAGAGAAGCUGAGAAGGAGAAAGCCGUUGACAUGAUUGGAUUUGCUAGUUCUGCCAUCUCAGUCCUUGAUCAUGCUGAGUUAUCAAUUACAGAAGCAGAUAACACUUCCCUAAUUCACAUGGAUGUGGAUCAAAGCUUUCUGCCUAUACCUUCUCCUGUCAAAGCUGCUAUUUUUGAAAGUUUUGCAAGACAGAAUAUAGCAGAAUCAGAAAAUGAUUUAAAAACCAGCAUUGGACAAUCUAUCAAUAGCAAUUACGGGUUCCCCAGUGAUAGAAACACUGAAUUCUUAUUUGCAGACUGCUCAUUAGCUCUUUUCAAUAAGUUGGUCCUCAGUUGCAUCCAAGAAGGUGGAACCAUGUGCUUCCCAUCUGGCUCAAAUGGGAAUUAUGUAUCUGCUGCUAGAUUUCUGAAAGCUAACAUUGUCAGCGUCCCUACCCACUCUGAAGAAGGGUUUAAGUUGACAGAAAAGAUACUUAGUGGUGUACUUGAGACAUUGAAUAAACCUUGGGUGUACAUUUCUGGUCCGACAAUCAACCCAACUGGCUUGCUUUACAGUAAGGAAGAUAUAGAAAAUUUAUUAUCUAUUUGUGCUACAUUUGGGGCAAGAGUUAUAAUUGAUACUUCAUUCUCGGGAUUGGAAUUUGACUCUAAGGACUGGCGUGGUUGGGAUUUGGAAGGCUGCUUGGCAAAACUAAGUUGUCCUGGCAAACCAUCUUUUUGUGUGUCGCUCCUUGGAGGACUGUCUUUGAAUGUGCUUACUGGAGGGCUGACAUUUGGGUUUCUGGUUCUAAACCAGCCUUUCUUGGUUGAUGCAUUCCAUAGCUUUUCAGGGUUAAGUAAACCUCAUAAAACUGUUAAAUACACCAUAAAGCAGUUGCUGGAUCUGAGGGAACAAAAGGCAAGUGACUUUCUGAAUAUCAUCGCAGACCAAAAAAAGCUUCUGCAAAGUAGAUCUAAGCACUUAAAGCAGACACUUGAAGAUUGUGGAUGGGAGGUGCUUGAAGCUCGUGCUGGUGUUUCCAUGGUGGCAAAGCCAUCUGCCUAUCUUGGCAAGAGUAUUAAGCUCAAGGAAGAUGCCAUUGCUUAUGAAGCGAAGCUUGACGACUCAAAUAUCAGAGAAGCCAUUUGCAAGGCCACCGGGCUAUGCAUCAAUAGUGCUUCGUGGACUGGAAUUCCUGGCUAUUGCCGCUUCACAAUUGCCUUGGAAGAUAAUGAUUUUGAACGCGCAUUGGCUUGCAUAGUCAAAUUCAAAAACGUCAUCGACGACUGAAAUGCUUUGCUGCUGUCGACUCCUCUCUGAUUGUUCUACAACUUAGGUGCCAAGAACUAAACCGUUCCCAUAGUUGAGUUGCUUAAACUCGUCUCGAGCUCUUUACACAAAUCAAGCAUUAAUUGAGGUUUUCCCUUAUACAUGCGCUUGUAUUCUAAAUUACAAAUGCAGUGUUUUCUCAUGAUCAUGGUUUUAAUGGUCUUGUUACACAAUGUCCAGCAGAUCACACCUUCUAUGUGAAAUAUCUGCAUAUCUGCAGUUCUUAUAAUAACGAACAAAAAAUGUUUCUUUUGUGUGAUUAUAAUUAGUUUCUUAACU